CUCAGCCACCCGAACCCAAACCCAAACCCAAACCCAAACCCAAGGCCCCUUUAUAAAUAUCCCUCUCCCCGCUCCUCUUCUCAACCCAUCUUCCUUCUUCACCUCUCUUUCUCUCUCUCUCUCACAUCUACUUCUUCAAGUUUUUUGUGUUCUCUGAUUACAAUGGUUUCCAAGGUGGUCGACGCUGGAAAGGUGAACGGCGGCAAAGAGGCGCAUUACAGGGGGGUCAGGAAGAGACCGUGGGGGCGCUACGCCGCCGAAAUCCGUGAUCCGGCCAAGAAGACGCGCGUCUGGCUCGGCACCUUCGACACCGCCGAGGACGCCGCUCGAGCCUACGACGCCGCCGCCCGCGAGUUCCGUGGCCCCAAGGCCAAGACCAACUUCCCCUUCCCCUCCGACGACCACAUCAACAACGACAACCGCAGCCCCAGCCAGAGCAGCACCGUGGAGUCGUCCUCCCACGCGCUGGUGGAGCGCGACCUCACGCGCCUCCUAGAUUGCCCCACUGCAGCCGAUGUGUCCCUUGCGCCGUACCCCUUAAUGGCCGUGCCGGUGUACUACCUGGACCCGCUUCCACGGAAUGGGCUAGUGAGCCGCCAGCUGGUGUAUGCCCCCCGUGCCACGGCCGAGUUCGAGCGCGGACUCGGUGGCGCAGCGCUGAGUGACUCGGACUCGUCCUCAGUUGUGGACUGUAACCCACCGGAGAGCGGCCGUAGACGGGUUCUUGAUAUAGAUCUCAACUUUCCGGCGCCGGUGGAAGCUUGACGGCGACGUUAACCCUUUUAUUGUUGUGUAUAUAAGUGACUUCGUUGCUUAGAAGGAAAAAAAAAAAAACCAGAGAACAUUAAGUUGAGGAGUUUCCCUUUUUUUUUUUGGCAAUUAUAAGAAAUUGUUAAAACUCGGUUCGGGUUUUCUAAUGUAAUCUCCCAAUGUUCUUUCAUCAAUCGAACAAAAAAAAAAAAGGUUCAAAAACCCA